AGACAUAGGUACAAUAGUUAUCGGACGGUAGCCUGCGGUAAUCGAUACUCAACGAUAUAUCGUGCAGCGCCAUUCAAGAGCCAUCUUUUUUUGCCGCGCCUUUGCCUCUCAUUCUCAGAGACAUUUUCGAGAUACCGACGACAAAAUUCGUGUAGCGUCCACGACGACAUUGAAAACGGAACGGCAGCCGAACCGAGCGUGCGAGUGAGCUAAGCAGAGCGCUUGUCAACUCAAAAAGCAGUAGAGAAAAAGAAGGCGACGAAGACAGCAGCAGCAUAAUCGACGCCGCACGUACCGGGAGCAUUUAAAAUAAUUUUUUCUGUGGAUUAAUUUUACUAAAAAGGAUUUAAACACAAUGACUGAACGUGAAAACAACGUCUACAAGGCAAAAUUGGCCGAACAGGCCGAGCGCUACGAUGAAAUGGUUGAGGCCAUGAAGAAGGUCGCCUCUAUGGACGUUGAGCUGACCGUUGAGGAGCGUAAUUUGCUCUCGGUUGCCUAUAAGAAUGUGAUCGGAGCACGUCGGGCUUCGUGGCGCAUCAUUACCUCCAUUGAACAGAAGGAGGAGAACAAGGGCGCCGAAGAGAAAUUGGAAAUGAUCAAGACCUAUCGUGGUCAGGUGGAAAAGGAGCUGCGCGACAUUUGCUCGGAUAUACUAAAUGUGCUCGAGAAACAUCUCAUUCCAUGCGCCACGUCCGGCGAAAGUAAAGUAUUCUACUAUAAGAUGAAGGGCGAUUAUCAUCGCUAUUUGGCCGAAUUCGCCACCGGUUCAGACCGUAAGGAUGCUGCAGAGAAUUCGUUGAUUGCCUAUAAGGCAGCAAGUGAUAUUGCCAUGAACGAUCUGCCACCAACACAUCCCAUACGCUUGGGCCUGGCUUUGAACUUCUCGGUGUUUUACUAUGAGAUACUCAAUUCGCCGGAUCGCGCUUGCCGCUUGGCGAAAGCCGCAUUUGAUGAUGCCAUCGCAGAGUUGGAUACGCUAAGCGAAGAGAGCUACAAAGACUCGACACUGAUUAUGCAGCUUCUGCGGGACAACCUCACAUUAUGGACGUCCGAUAUGCAGGCAGAUGACUCCACAACAGGCGAUGGCGAGCCCAAACAGGAAAUUCAGGAUGUUGAGGAUCAGGAUGUGUCGUAAUUUAAGUAAACCCCCGCCCUUCCAUUUAAAAAAAAAAAAAAAAAACACAAAAACAAAACAAAAACA